UACCCGCAUCUGGUACUGUCAUUGUGAACGGGAAGCAGAGUGACUGAGAACUGGAAGGAGAGCCGCCAUGCCAUGUUCCGCCAGAUGCUACGAGCCGUGAUGCUGGCUCCUCGCCUGGGCCGCUGUGCCGAGUGGAGGGAGCUCAUCCGGAGUCCCGUCAAGCUUUCAGACAGAAGAAUCAUCAACACCAGUCUUCUCAUCGCCAGAGGGAGUGCAGGUGGGGUGUAAUCCCAUUGGCUGGUGUGUGGAGCUGGCCGCCUGGCCAUGAAUUCGGACAAGAUGCCCCGGGUGAACGGCGACAGCGAGGAUUUCGACCGUAUCUUCAAUCAGGUGGUAGAUGACCUGACCCAGGAAGACCUGAAGCACCCAGAGAUCGGGGAUGCCAUCAAACGGCUGAAGGAGGUGGUUGAGUACAACGCUCCGGGAGGGAAGAGGAACCGGGGUCUCUCAGUCAUCGCCUCGUUCCGCGAGCUAGCAGCUCCCCACCAGCAGACCGAGGAGAACUUCCAUCUGGCGCUUAUCGUUGGCUGGUGUGUGGAGCUGCUACAAGCCUUCUUCCUGGUCUCGGAUGACAUCAUGGACAAUUCUGUUACCAGGCGGGGUCAGGUCUGCUGGUAUCGGAAGGAAGGAGUGGGUUUGGACGCCAUCAAUGACUCCUACCUCCUAGAAGCCGCUGUUUACCGCCUCCUCCGCAGGUACCUGAGGUCCCAUACCUGUUACAUUCACCUGCUAGAGCUGUUCCUCCAGACGUCUUACCAGACCGAGCUGGGACAGUCACUGGACCUGAUGACAGCUCAGCCCAGCCGUGUGGACCUGGACCAGUUCACUGAGGAGAGGUACAAGGCCAUUGUCAAGUACAAGACUGCCUUCUAUAGCUUCUACCUGCCUGUGGCUUCAGCCAUGUACAUGGCUGGGAUCGACGGUGAGGAGGAACAUCGCGUUGCUCAAACCAUCCUCCUGGAGAUGGGGGAGUUCUUUCAGAUUCAGGACGAUUACCUGGACUGCUAUGGAAACCCCGAGGUGACUGGUAAGGUCGGGACAGACAUUGAGGACAACAAGUGUAGCUGGCUGGUGGUUCAAGCACUGAAGAGUGUCACUCCCAAACAGAGGAGGGUGUUGGAGGUAAGUACACCUUAAGCAACAGCCCUCAGA